AUGAGCGCAACUCCCACGAACCGGCUUAAACUCACGCCGGGAAACUCCCCCUACCUUCAACGUCCGCCUCGAUCUCCCCUCCGUGGACGCCAGCCCCACGAGUCCCGCCUCUCUCUCAAGCGAGUUGUCGGCACAACCUGCGCCUCACCCACGGGAUUCGACACCGUAAACUCAUCCUUUGCGUACAUUGCAGGCGGUGCCGUCGUUGUCGUGGACGUUGACGGCGAGCACUAUUCCCAACGUUUCUAUCGAGCCCGACCUACCGCCGCACCGGUCUAUGGCUGCGCGCCGCUUUCCCACGCCAACUCCUCACCCUCAACGCCAAAGGCCAACGACAGCAGGAACAGAAUUGCCAUUCGCGAGACUCAGGAUUGGUCCGUUUCUCCAACCCCCAACACUUGGACAAGCCGUGAGCGCAUCAAGGCAGCGACGUGCCUAGCCCUGAGCAGGGAUGGAAGAUAUUUGGCUGUUGGCGAGACAGGAUAUGCGCCGCGCGUGCUGAUUUUCAACUUGGAGGACGCCUCCUCUGACGUUCCGUUGGUAUCCAUCAGCGAGCAUGGUUUCGGUGUCAAUGCCGUUGCGUGGUCUUCGGACACCAGAUGGCUUGCCUCUCUAGGUGCCUCGACGGACGGUUUUCUCUUCAUCUGGAGGAUCGACCCUCGUACUGGCGCUGCCAAGCUGUAUCAGCAAAACAGAUGCACAUCGACCAUUAAAGGUAUGGUGUGGAUGGGCAACAGCCUGAUCACACUGGGUGUGCGACAUAUCAAGAUAUGGCGAGUGGAGGAGGGCCCGUCUACUUCACCGUCGAAGCAGAAGUUCAAUGAAGUCAACUCGGCAAUUCAGACAUCACAAAAGCUCCUGCAUGGCCGUAACGUUCUCCUCGGGUCUCUUCUCGAAGCCACAUUUAGUUGUGCUGCCGUCGUGGACGAGACGAACAUCAUCAUUUGCUCCGAAGCCGGCGACAUUUGCAUUGUGGAGGACGAUGGCAAACAGAGCAAGCUUAUUCGAUGCCUCACUGUCGACUUCCCAAUUACGUCCAUUACUAUCAGACACGCCACCGCGUAUGUGUCAGGAAAAGGCGGCCAGUUCGCAACAUUAAGCGUUAGGGCAAUUCUGAAUAGUUUGUCAGGCGCUGUACUUUCCAACAGCGUUGCGCCCUCCGGCCUGAUAGCCAUGGGCUUUUUGACAGAAAAUCUCGUCACGAUAGACGAGAAACAUUCCAUCGAUAUUUGGAGCUCUAGCUACUUGCCGGGACUAACCGAAGAGGACCCUUCGCACAUUCCCAUUCCCGGUCAUGGAGAUCCCAUCUCGGGAAUUCAGGCUUUAACAAAGCCUAAUGACCAGACCGCGGAUUUCCUUACGUGGUCUGGUUCUGGCAAUGUCAUUUUCUGGGAUAUGAAGGGUAGCAUCAAGUCCUCGGUCGAGGUGCCCAUCGAACAGGUAAUCCCUGAGAACGGGAUGGACCUAGUCAACCAGCUCAAUGUGGUCCGGGCCACGAGGGCUGGGAAGAUGCUUGUAACAGCAGAUAAGUAUGGCGUGCUCAGGAUAAUGGACUCAGCAACCAAGGAGUGCCUCCUCGAGACAAAAGCCCACUCGUCGGACUGUCAAGGCAUCAGCAUCUACGAAGACGAUUCCAGAUUCCUGAUGGCGACUUGUGGAAGGGACCGAACUGCCCAGCUGUUCCAACGCCUAUCCUCUGGCGAGUUUCAGCAUUUCCAGACGCUCGAGUUCGCGGCCAAAGUCGUCCAGACUGUCAUUCCAUCAGAAGACAGAAUCAUCACCUGCUCCAUGGACAGGACUCUACAAAUCCAUGACAUAGUAUGCAAGGAGGGAGAGCCCGACGAGAUUGCAGCUCUCUCUGCUCGUACCAUCACUUUGAAGGCAUCACCAACUUCCUUCGUCUUGGGUCACGAUGACAGGACUGCCUACGUCUCUAUGCUCGACCGGUCCGUGUGUCAUUAUGAUCUUUCCAGCGGCAAGCUUCUCAACUGCUUCAAGUGCGUUGACGAAGGCGGAAUCGAGUCUGCAAUCAUGGAUUCUCUCAUCUUCGGCCAGUCACCUGGCAGGGAUGGGAGCUUUCUCCUCGGCGUAUCCAAUACAGAUAAAUCUGUGCGUCUUUACGAUGCCCAGUCGGGUCAUUUUCUGGACAGAGAAUGGGGGCAUACGGAAGCCAUCAGCGGUGUAACAUUGACCGACGACGACGACGGCAACCAAAGAGUAAUCAGCGUUGGUUCAGACGGUACCGUGAUGCUCUGGGCUAUGGAAGAAGACUCUUCACUAUCAUCCAUCAGUCGAGAUCCAUCACCGAUGAAAGACGGAUCGGCAUCCGCUCGUCAACCAUUAAGGCGAGUGCUUUCCAAAGCGGAACUUGCUGAGUUCCAACGGCCGUCCCCCACUUCCAGCGGUCGCCGGUCACCCAGAGCUGUUCAGAGGCGAACAUCACGUUACGGCUUGAACAACAGCAUCAGCACGCCAAAGUCGAGCAUGGCAAACAGCCCGUCAAUUGCUGAAGGCACAUCUUCUCGGCGCUCGUCCGGCAGUGGAUCUGGCAGCCCGCCGGCAAGCCCCAAGUCAAGGGCGUCCAGACGGCCCUCGCUCCCAUCACUGGGCUUGCCGCCCAAGAAGAGCUCACCAAACUUGGGCCGUAACUUCGGCAGCCUCAACAUGGCCACAGAACAGGCUUGCCGCACUUUAAGAGCAUAUAGAAAGAAGCUAUCAUCAACGGAGCCUCUGAGUCAAGACGUCCUUACGGAGCUUGAUCAGGAGCUUCGCAUGACCGCCGCCGCCCUUGGCGAUCGAGCCAUCAGAACGCACGACUCCGCCCUCAUUAGCGGGCUCCUGGACCAGUACGAGGAACGCCUGGCGUCGAUGCUCGAUGAGAAACUGCGACGGACGUUCCAAGACAAAGAGAUUAGGGACGUGCAGACCCCGACUGAGGAGCGUGAGAUUGAGUUAGUGCUCGAUCGGCCAAGCACGGCCGGCGGAGAAACAGUUUCAACCUCGACAUCAUUAUCAUCAUCAUAA